UCUCUCUCUCUCUCUCUGUGUGUUUGACUCGCUCUGACAAUUUUGGUCUCUCUCUCAAAACUGAAAACGAUGAAUUCGUUAGCCUCUCCAUGGAUUCCCAGAGCCUCUAUACUCACAACCCCUUCCAAAUUCCCGAAAUUCCAAUCCUACCCUCCACCACCACCAUCAUCAUCUUCUUCUUCGUGUUUUCGCGUGGUGUGUCGUGCCGGCCGAUCGAAUUCUCAGCAAGUGGGGAGCGACCUGAAGUUCGUUCUCCACGAGGCUUUGGAAUCUUCUGGAAUAGACACCUCUCAUGCUAGAGAUGCAAGGGAGGGUUUCUGUACACAGAUUCAAAACCUCUCUGUUAUCGAAAGGGAAACCAGCAUCACGAUUAAUAGACGUGUUGAUUUGGGGAAAACAGCUCUUUAUAUAGCUGCAGAGGAUGAUUCUCUUGUUUCGCACUCUUCAGUUCCUCUCCCUGUGGAUGCUUUCAUUGAAAGAUUGGACGAUCUUUCAGUGGGCUACUGUCCUCAGUAUAACUCUUCAUAUAGUUCGUCGCCCGAGAAAUUCUUGGAGAGUUUAGAGAGAUAUCUGUAUGGCAUGAAGGGCUUUCGAAGAACCCAUUCAAGAAAUCAAUCUGAGCCGCGAGCUCUUUAUCUUCACUCAGUUUUGACCCAUCGUUCAGGCUCCAUUGCAAUGCUUUCGCUUAUAUACUCAGAACUCCUGAAAAUGCUUCGUUUGUGGGGCCUUGUGAAUUUUGAUGUAGAGAUAUUUUUUCCUCGUGAUCUUCAUAGUCUACCCAGAGGCUAUGUUAAACAAAAAAGCAAGGAGUCAGAUCAAAAACAUAUAGUUACAUCACAAAUGCUAUUGGUGGAGAUUUUGAAAAAUCUGAAGAAUGCUUUCUGGCCAUUUCAACAUGAUCAUACCAGGAGUUUGUUCUUAUGGGCAGCAGAUGCAGCUAUGGAUAAACCAAGUAUUGCUGAAGAAAGUGGCGUUCAACUUGCAUCUGCUAAGGCUGCUCAACAUAGGCUAAAACGUGGGGUUUGGACUAGCGUACGUUUUGGGGACAUGAGGCGUGCAUUAUCUACAUGUGAACGACUUAUACUCCUGGAUACUGAUGCAAAGGAAUUAAGAGAUUAUAGCAUUCUUCUCUACCACUGUGGAUUCUAUGAGCAAUCACUGCAAUAUCUGAAGUUGUAUCAGGAAGCAAAGGAUUCCUCUUUACAAAAGCAAUUGUCUGAUUCACUUAGCAGCCUGGAGGAUGAUGCUGUGGAGAAAUUGAUGGUACGCCUCAACCUCAUUUCGAUGGAAGAAGGUUGGAGCAAUUCAUCAUACCUGAGAAAUUAUCUUGGUUUUGAUAAGCAGCAAGGCUAAAGUACAUGAUUACCCUUCACACUAUUUUCCUACUCCGGCAGGUAAUAAAUGAGAUCCACUUGUGCAGGUUUUGGUUUACUUGACAAGUUGAACAUCAGAAGUGAUUACUGUUACUCAACUUCUAAAGAAUAUAUGUACAUACAGAGCAUAUAUAUAUAUAUAGGAACCUCUCCUGUUAAAUUCUUAUGUUAGAAAACGGCAUGUUACUUUGGGGUUUCAUGGCGACUGUCUGUAGUUGCGGAACAAAAAACUUGUCGUAAAUGCUCGAUUCGUUUUGAAAUUUUCCA